UAUUGGCUUUUCUUUGUUUUUUUAGAUGCUUCGCUUACCACUCAGACUUGCUCGCGCAAACAUUCAGCGGCAAUUGUUUGUCCGCAGCUAUGCAAAGGAUGUGAAAUUCGGACCCGAGGUGCGUGCAUUGAUGUUGCAAGGUGUUGAUGUUCUUGCUGAUGCUGUGGCUGUUACUAUGGGUCCAAAAGGACGUAAUGUUAUUAUUGAGCAAUCUUGGGGUUCACCAAAAAUAACCAAGGAUGGUGUAACUGUUGCUAAAUCUAUUGAGUUAAAGGAUAAAUUCCAAAAUAUUGGUGCAAAGCUGGUUCAAGAUGUUGCUAAUAAUACAAAUGAAGAAGCUGGUGAUGGUACAACCACAGCUACAGUUUUAGCGCGGGCAAUUGCUAAAGAAGGUUUUGAAAAAAUCUCCAAGGGAGCUAAUCCUGUUGAAAUCCGCCGUGGUGUUAUGCUGGCUGUAGACAAUGUUAAAGAUCAUUUAAAGGCAAUGUCCCGCCCAGUUAGUACACCAGAAGAGAUUGCGCAAGUCGCAACUAUUUCUGCGAAUGGAGACCAAGAUGUUGGAAAUCUGAUUAGCGAGGCUAUGAAAAGAGUUGGUCGCGACGGUGUUAUCACAGUUAAAGAUGGCAAAACAUUAUCGGAUGAAUUAGAAGUAAUUGAGGGCAUGAAAUUUGACAGAGGUUAUAUUUCUCCAUAUUUCAUCAACUCCUCUAAGGGAGCUAAAGUAGAAUUUCAAGAUGCUUUAAUUUUGUUGUCUGAAAAGAAAAUUUCUUCAGUGCAAAGCAUUAUCCCCGCACUUGAAUUGGCUAAUUCUCAACGUAAACCGUUGGUCAUAAUUGCUGAAGAUAUUGAUGGUGAAGCCUUAAGCACACUUGUUGUGAAUCGACUUAAGAUUGGUUUGCAAGUAGCUGCCGUCAAAGCACCAGGUUUCGGUGAUAACCGCAAAUCUACACUUACUGAUAUGGCAAUUGCAUCUGGUGGCAUCGUUUUUGGUGACGACGCAAAUUUGGUUAAACUUGAAGAUGUGCAGAUAAAUGAUCUUGGCAAAGUUGGUGAAGUUGUCAUAACCAAGGAUGACACCCUACUGCUUAAGGGAAAAGGCAAGAAGGAAGACAUUAGUCGCCGUGUUGAACAAAUUAAGGAUCAAAUUAAUGAAACUACAUCUGAAUAUGAAAAGGAGAAAUUGCAGGAACGUUUGGCGCGUCUAGCUUCUGGAGUAGCAUUGUUGCGUGUCGGUGGAUCAAGUGAAGUAGAAGUAAACGAAAAGAAGGAUCGUGUAAAUGAUGCCCUCAAUGCUACUCGCGCUGCUGUAGAAGAAGGUAUAGUUCCUGGAGGUGGUACUGCUCUAUUGAGAUGUAUUCCAAUUUUGGAGGGACUAAAGGGAUCUAACGAAGAUCAGAAUAUGGGUAUCGAGAUUGUGCGUCGCGCUCUUCGAAUGCCUUGCAUGACAAUUGCUAAAAACGCUGGCGUUGAUGGUGCAAUGGUUGUAGCUAAGGUUGAAACAAAAGAAGGAGACUUUGGAUAUGAUGCACUUAAGGCUGAAUACGGAAACUUAAUCGAGAAGGGCAUUAUUGAUCCAACGAAGGUUGUUCGCACUGCUAUCACUGACGCUUCUGGUGUAGCUUCUCUUUUGACCACAGCUGAAGCGGUUGUCACCGAAAUUCCAAAGGAAGACGCUGCCCCCGGUCUUGGUGGAAUGGGCGGUAUGGGCGGCAUGGGUGGUAUGGGUGGAAUGGGAGGAAUGAUGUAAAAUCCCUUCUAUUAUAAUUGAUUUCCAUUGUUAAAUAUGUUUACAUGUUAUAUAUGUAAAAUAAUUAUAAACUAGUUUUAAAUACUGACCAAUUAUAAAUUAGUGUCAUCGAAUUGCUACUGUUUGUUUAUAAGUUGUUCUGAAAAUUUAUUAAAGGAUUUAGAGUGGAAGCAAAGCUGACUAAAAUUCCAUAUGCCUCAUAUAUUGUCGGUAAUAAAAUGCUUACUUAAGUAGAAGAUAAGGUUUUGCGUCUCACCAAAGAAAAAUUGAGAAAUCGUGUAAAUUAAAAUUUUUUUUAUUGCAUUUGGAACCGGCUGAUUAAUAACUACAAACAAGUUUCUUGAAUUCAAUUAAAAUAGAGAAAAAUAAAUAAGAAUUGUGAAAGUAAAUUUAA